AGCUACAUCAGUGGGUGCGCGUCAGCCGCCAUGUCCGUUCGACGCUUGCGCAGCUUUCGCGUCCUUCUUGUUGUACUCGUAUUCGCGAACACAUCGCGUGCACUCGUUGACGAGGUCCUCGACGUCCUCAAACUAGGUAAAGAAGUUGGUGAAGAGGUGCUCAACUCCUGGGAUGUGUUCGGGAAACCUUUCAAUGCGACCGGCGGGGUGGACCUGCCGGUGGUCCGCCGGCGAGAGCGGGAGAUUAUGGCGCGACUCGCGGUCGUCUCGCGAUCGAUAGAAAAAUUAGAAAUUAGUGUACAGAAAGUUGGUGAUAUAGCAUUAUUCUUAGCCAAGAAGGGAAACAAGCCGACUAGGCUGGAGCUGCGGCUGCACGAGAUGUCAGACCUGUUGAAUCGUGUCGCGUGGUCCAACAGACAGAUGCGGGAGUACGUAGGUCAGCAGGAGAACCUGGAGCGAAGUACUUUGCAGGACUUCGCGGAGUGGUGUGUGUCGCAUGACCCGGGCGCACUGCCGGGGCUGCUGGAGAGAGUGCACGCGUUGGUGGUUCCUCCUCACAAGAACUUGUUGGGCCGAGGUCUACUACAGCUGAUUAUGGAUGACUUGACGGAGGAGGAUUCGGACGUGUGUGACCUGCAGAUGUCUCCGCACCAGCUUAUAUACGAUAUGUACAACACCAUAGCACUGACUGAGAUCAAGGGUUACGCCAUGAUGCAGUUCUCUUGGAUGCUGCUGAGGAUAUAUGGAAGAGGCAACUUCACACAAGAAGCAAGUUUGACGAGACAGAGGUAUUCGGAAAGGACAGGCCAGACUGCGACGGCGGCGCGGGCAGCGCUGGCUAUGUCUAAACGAGACCUGUACAGGUGCGACCCACCAGUGCACACCAGCGCGACGUAUGCCGAAGUGACGCGGCUGCUGCAAGGCUACGUGGAGAACGAAGUGGACAUGAAUGGCGACGCCACGUGCAAGGAGAACUGCGCCUUCUACACCCUCACCGAGAACCACGGCUGCUACAUGGAGCAGUUCUGCUACAAGCAGGACAAGUGCAGGGGCAGGAUCAUCGACUGCCAGUACCUCGACUCCGACAUGUGGGUCUGCCCUGCGAGUCGACACAGCCAGAGGCGGUACGAAUGGAUCGAGUAUGAGAACGGACGCACACUGGGCAGGGUCGGUAGCUGCAGACUCGGGGCAACCAAAGUCGACUCCUGGUGGAGAUGGACACUAACACACUGCUCGUAUUGCUUUUGUCUAUGCGAGGACGAAGCCAGCGUGGCUGAACGUUUCUUCAGUUUACGAGAAGUGUUGGCAGAUAUUAAUGAAAACAAGGUAGUGACAGGAAUGCGGCUCGUGAAGCUUGGAAAAGUGUUCCACAUCCAGAUCUAUCAAGGCAAACUGGUUGAACGAGGGUUCGUGGAGUCCUCGGAGGAGGUGCUGGCCCAAGCGUUCGACCCCGAGCAAGCUGGAGUGCUGGAGGGUGUGGACUACCACACGCUGACAUACGAGAGGAGAGCCAUUGACUUGGACGAGUUGGAUUCACCUUCUGGUCACGUCUUAACUGGAGCCAGAUUCCGGAUGAUCGGUGCCCAUCUACAUUUCGAGAUUCGAGCUACUCCGUUCAACUAUACCACAGGAAAACUUCACCCAGAAAAGAGUCAAUGGAUCAGUAACGACAACACUGAAGGAUCACACACACCGAGGACACGUCUAGAGUUGUACAAGCCGGACCUGCCGACUCGGUCGCACGCGGCGCUGCGCAUAGACUCGCAGCACGACCAGUACAUUGAGUUCACACACUCAGACUUCGACGCAGACGCCGCGCAGAGCACCGUGCCCUUCAUUGACGUGCAGCCUGUGGUGCCUUCCAAAGCCCUCAAUACCAAAGGCGCUACCUUACUGAGCGGCGCCGGGCUAUACCACAGAGGAGCUCGCGGCUCCGGCGGCUUCAUCGGCGUGAAGGUCAUCACCUACGACUACUCCAAACACGUGAAAGCAGAACCACCCCCGUCAGAGUUCGUUGACGAAUCGGAGACAACCGAAUUUGUGCCUAUCGUCAACUAGAUACGUUUUAAUUUCAUAUACUCAUUUUAUUUUGUAAUGUAGCGUAAUUGUGACUUUUGAUAAUACGUAUUUUUUAAGUCC